AUGUUAUCUUCUCAACGUCGCAUUACAGAAGUUCAAGCCCAUGAGAUAGAUUUGGCAGAUGAUGUUGGGCUCAAUCAGAAAUCGUCUUUUAAUUUAAUGAGCAGACAAGCUGGAGGAAGAGAUGGCAUUGGUUACACUAUAUUGGAUGCUAAGAAUUAUCUUCGUACUAAGAGACAAAGAAGCAUGGUAUAUGGUGAAGUCGGUUGUCUAAUGAAAUACUUUCAAGACCAGCUAUCCAAAAAUCCAUCAUUCUAUCAUGCGAACCAAAUGGAUAUGGAAGAGCAGAUAACUAAUGUUUUUUGGGAAGAUGCAAGAAUGUUGAUUGACUAUGAGUACUUUGGCGAUGUUGUAUCAUUAGAUACCACUUAUUGUACUAAUCGUGAUAAUAGGCCCCUUGCCGUGUUCUCAGGUUUCAAUCAUCAUAGAAGAGCUGUAAUUUUCGGUGCAUCACUUUUGUAUGAUGAAACAAUAGCUUCAUUUAAAUGGUUGUUUGAAACUUUUUUGGAGGAACACAAACACAAAAGGCCUCUGACUGUCUUUACCGAUCAAGAUCAAGCUAUGGCAAAAGCUUUGCACGAGGUAAUGCCAGAUGCAUUUCAUGGAUUAUGCACAUGGCACUUAAUGCAAAAUGGAAUCAAACACUUAGGAAAUCUUAUGAAGGAAGGAUCGUGUUUCUUGACAGAUUUUAAAAGGUGUAUGUAUGGCUUUGAGGAUGAGGCCAAGUUUGAGGAGGCUUGGAGUAACUUAUUGACACAGUUUAAUCUCCAUGACAACAUGUGGUUGAAACAUAUGUACAACGUGAAGGCGAAAUGGGCAUGUUGCUAUAUAAAAGCCUUCACCCUUGGUAUGGGAAGCACACAACUUAGUGAACGUGUCAAUUUUACUAUCAAGAAUUGUACCAUGCCCAACUUAAACAUUGCACAAUUUUUUAAAAAUUUUGAGCGUGUCGUGGAGGAUAAACGGUAUAGCGAACUAAAGUGUGAUUUUGAGGCACGCCAAAAAUUGCCUAGGUUGAGGUUGGAGAGUUCUCCCAUGUUACAACAACUUUCUAAGAUCUAUACUCCAUCCGUUUUUGAUCUAUUUCAGAAUGAGUUCAUCUUGUUUGCAGCUGCAUAUAUAGAGCAUAAAGAUGAGUCAGGAUCAUUAUUCGAAUAUGUCAUCAGACUAAUCAAUCAUGAUGGAGAAUGGAGGGUGACCUAUGAUCCUAGUACAAAGAUGAUUCAUUGUAGUUGCCGAAGGUUUGAGAUGAUAGGAUUGAUAUGUUGUCAUUCUGUGAAAGUGUUUGAUGUGUUAGACGUGAAGUUGCUUCUGGAGAAUUAUAUUCUUAAAAGGUGGACAAGAGAAGUUAGAACUGGUGUAGUGCACGACUAUGUAGGAAAUGAAGUUGAAGAAAAUUCUAAAUUGCAAAGUGUUGAGCGGUAUAGGAGACUAUGUCAAAUGCUUAUAAGGUUGGCUAAUGAAGCUUCUGUUCACCAAUCAACCUUCUCCUUGGUGCAUGAAACGAUGUCUGGCCUCUAUAAAAAGGUAAUGGAAAUGCAUUCAAAAGAAGAUGUCCAAGAAAAUAGGAACAAUGCGAAGAUUUCCUCAGUUGUCUCUCAUAUGAUGGUAUCAAAAGGAUUCAAGAAAAAAAUUGGUUCAAAAGGUUCUAAACGAUUUAAGAGUUGGGUAGAACUUCAACCAAAAUGA